UGAUGUGGCUUAUUUGAGUAGGAAGGUGUCUUUAAUGAUACGUCUAAUGGAAGCAUCUGGCAGACGGAUGUGAGGUGAGGCGCGAGCCGCGACCUUUGAAGGAAGAAAGGAAGUGCUUCGGCGUCGCAGAGCCGGAGAAGCGGGGUAAGAGGGAGCACUAUGUCCGCGGAAGUCCCCGAGGCAGCCUCCGCGGAGGAGCAGAAGGGACAUUUGUUGAAUCCUACAAGUUUGGAAAUGGAAGAUAAAGUGACUAGUCCAGAGAAAGCUGAAGAAGCAAAAUUAAAAGCAAGGUAUCCUCAUUUGGGACAAAAACCUGGAGGUUCAGAUUUCUUAAGGAAACGAUUGCAGAAAGGGCAAAAAUAUUUUGAUUCUGGGGAUUACAACAUGGCUAAAGCAAAAAUGAAGAACAAGCAGCUUCCUACUGCAGCUCCGGAUAAGACAGAGGUCACUGGUGACCACAUUCCCACUCCACAGGACCUUCCUCAACGGAAACCAUCCCUUGUUGCCAGCAAGCUGGCUGGCUGAUUAAAAGAGCUGAACUGCA